GGUAAUUCACCGUUAAUGGCGGCCUCACUUUUAAAUAAUUUACCCUUUAUUCAAUUUUUAGCCACUUUACCCUGCGACGUCAAUAGACAAAACCAUCAGGGCCAUACAGCACUUCACCUAUGUGUCAUCGGAUUUACUUUGAUAAAAGAAAAAUUAAAUAUGAUGAAAGUCAAUUCAGUAGUGAAAGAGUUAUGUGCCCGUGAAUACUAUCCCAUAUAUCUUGAAUCUAUUGAUAUUUUACUCAAUCUUGGUGCAGACGUCAAUAUACAAGAUAAAGGUGGGGAAACGGUUUUAAUGUUGGCUUGUGUGAAAAAUGAUAGAAAAUUGUUAGAAAAACUAUUAAAACAUGGAGCUGAUGUGAAUAUUGUAGAUAACCAUGGUCGAUCUGCUCUA